AUGUAUCACUACUCUCAAUCGCAGCAACCACCCUAUCAACAGCAUAAGCACCCUUACCCACCACCGCAACAAGCACAGCCUCCAUCCCACUUCAACCACGCACAACCUCCUUCUCAUCAGCCUUAUCAGCAACAGCAACCACCACCACAACAACCGCAUCUUCAAUCUCACAAUCGGCCUGGCAUGCAGCAGCACCAUCAUUCGCAGCAGCAGCAGCAGCAAAAUUCGCCUGCCUUCAACGGUGCUCUGCCUCCCAGGCCCACCCGUAGCUCGGCCAUUCCCAUCAUAGCCCCUGUAUCUACUCCUCCUCCUGGAGCGAGACCGGGUCUCUCGUAUGGAGCUGCCACGGCUGCUGGCGGUGCUUCGCAGCCUGAAGCGUCCAAGUCGCCUGUCGGUUCCAAUGCCACCGCUUCAGGGCGCAAGCCAUGUCGCAACGUAGCUAUCUACGGUCAUUGCAAAUACCAGAAUGACGGGUGCCCCUUUGAUCACGCUUCAGCAUCCACCGCCAACUCUCCCAGCCAGACGCCCAGAUCACCUGCAGCGCAAUUCACGUCUUCUGGACUCACAGCUACUUCGGCCGGAUUCUCUGCCACCUCACCCAACAAGUCCAGAGGCGGCGCCAAUGUCCAAGCUAGCCCGCUCAAGGGAGCACUCAGCGCUCGCAAUGUCGCCGCUGCUGUCUUUGUGCCCAAGGUCAACGGUGGCUCUUCGCCCUCCCUGCCAGCAGCUUCACCGGCUCCGGCUCCCAGGUCAGCAGUCGAUGGCGUCGCCUCGGACGUCAGCGACAUGAAGAUCGACUCGGUGAACUCGAAAGAAUUCACCCCAGGCGCAUACACUCAGAAUGGACCGGGUACACCCAGCAUGUACAGCGCCAGCUACGACGUCGACCCCAUGAACAGCGCAUUUGACCCAUCGCAAGCUGGCUCUUCGCACGAGCCUGCAGUGCAGAGCCAACCGUCGCGACCCUUCAACCCGUACGAGCACAUGAACGAGUUUGGCGACCCAACACCUGCUCAAGGUCCGCCUGGUCUCGGAAUCGGCGGAGGUAUGGACUACUACUCGGCAGCUGCCAACGGUGCUGCCAAGCUUCGACAGCCCCUUCACUACCAUCUCUACGCCCCGCCGCUCCCGCACGUUUCCAACCUUCAUCCGCACCACCUCACCGCCAACGCCUUCUUCCUCAACCCAAACCAGCGCGAGGAAUUGCAACGGAAACAAGAGGCGAUGCUUGCAAGCAUUCCGCCGCCCGAGCUCGGAGGACCCAACCUGCCCGAGGAGCUGCACGUCUACCAUUCUCUCGUUCCUUUGGAGCACCCCGGUCCCGGUGCACCUUCCAGCAUGGGCAUGCCUCCCGGGCUGAUCGACCCUCGGAUGGGCGCACCAGGCGCUAACGGAGCAACAGGCGCCUCGGGCGAUCACAGCAAAGUGUUUGGAUACCGCAGCCAUUCCUACAAAGCCACUUGCACGCUCGACGGCAAGCGAUACGUUCUGCGCAGACUCGAAGGUUUCCGUCUGCAGCACGAAGCGGCCAUCGCACUGGUGGAGCGUUGGCGUCGCAUCCGUCAUCCGAGCAUCGUCAGCGUCCGCGAAGCGUUCACCACGCGCGCCUUCGGCGACCAGUCGAUCGUCUUUGUCUACGACUACCAUCCGCUGGCGACGACGCUGUACGCUGAGCACAUGACGAUCAAAGCAGCUCAGCCGGAUCGUCGCACGGGUCGAAUGCAGCCCGUGUCGAUGCAGGUGCCUGAGCGCACGCUGUGGAGCUACCUCUGCCAGCUCACCUCGUCGCUCCGCUCGAUCCACUCGAGCAACCUGGCAGCUCGAUGCAUCGAGGCGAGCAAGGUGCUGCGAACGGGAAAGAACCGCGUCCGCAUCAACUGCUGUUCCGUGUUCGACGUCAUUGCGUACAACCCGGACGAGAACGGUGCAGAUGCGCUCAAGGCGCAGCAGCAGGAAGAUCUGGUCAACUUGGGCGCGCUCAUCCUCAGCAUUGGCCUCAACAGCAUUUCUGCGACGAACGACAUUGCAUCGAGCCUUGCGAUGUUUGCCGGUCGCUUUUCUGCCGAGCUUAAGCAGGUCGUCUCGUGGCUCCUUGGCCAGUCGUCCGCGCCUUACGAGACGGAGGAUGAGACGGAAGUGCCGCGCACCGUAUCGGAACUGAUGCGAGUUCUCGGCAGCCACUGCGCCGACGAGAUGGACUCUGCGCUCAACUACACGGAUCUCAUGGAGAACUCUCUCAUGAAAGAACUCGAGAACGGCCGUCUCGUACGCCUGCUCUGCAAGUUUGGAUUCAUCAACGAGCGACCGGAGUUCGACCACGAUCCGCGCUGGGCCGAGACGGGCGAUCGGUACGUCAUCAAGCUCUUCCGCGAUCACGUCUUCCACGCUGUCGACGAAGCCGGUCGUCCCGUGGUCGAUCUGAGCCACAUCCUGUCGAACUUGAACAAGCUCGACGCAGGUACGGACGAGAAGAUCAUGCUCACCUCGAGGGACGAGCACAGCUGUCUGGUCGUCAGCUACCGCGAGAUCAAGAAUUGCAUCGAGAGCGCCUUCCAAGAUCUCUCGCGAACACGAUGA